AUGCUUGGCAAAAGAGCUGCCUCAGAAUGUGCUGGAAUCAAGGAGAAGAAGAUCAAGCUAGAAGAUGGUGGCUACGCGAUCAUUUCAAAAACAUCAAAUACUGGGCAAAGCAAGAAAUCCCAAUCAGAGCCACCUUCUUUCAAAAACAUGGCUGCCAUUGCACCAAAGUUUGAACAAAAAAAGGGUACAGGAGCAGGUUCAAGCAUUCUUUGGUCUCCUUCUCGCGCUCAAAAGAAGAAAAGUCGACGUACGCCCUUCUCUCCAUCAACGUCAACAUCUUCACGUAGCAAUCUCACGGCAACACCAUCACAUAUGGCAAGUCCAACCCGUUCUGUUGUAAAACGUACAAACAGCUUGGGAAGAUCACUACAGAACUUCAAUGCAUUGAGAGGUGCAUCCGCGCCAGUUCUGUCCUCUACAGCAAGUCUUCAAGGCUCGACCCCGACCGUGAGGUACAUGGGACCCCCCAAACAAGUUGUACAAGUUGCGCAACAGCAGCACCCUGCUCCACCAUCAGCAAGCGGCAGUGGAACAAAUACUGGCAAUCGUACUUCGACCAACAGCAGCGGCGAUCAAGCUGGUCAAAGCAUCUUGAUGAAAAUUGAAUGGGCUUCGAUCGACAACCCAUUCCUUUGUGGUGGUCACCCGAUCUUGUUGCAAGGCAAAGGAACAAUUCCCGAAAUGAUGAAUUCGAUCAAAAGCCAGGUUACGAAGUUCGAAAACAGUUUGAAAAAGAAGUUAGCUAAAGGUGGUAAAUGA